CUGCAGCCAUUAGUUUGCCUCUUUCUCUGUUUUUUUUUACCUUCAUCUUUCCCACCAAACAUGGAACCCUCACCGCUGAGGCUCCCACCACUGCCAUUCCCAUUCCUCUUGCUUGCUUCUAUAUAUAUCCUUCCUCAUUCUUAUGCCCUUCCAGUCUGAAGUGCUAUCUAUCGAUCGGGUAGCCAAGAUGAAGCUGCUUGGUUGGAUGCAUCGGAAGUUCCGGCAGAACAGCGGCGAGGAGCUGAAGGACCUGGGAGGCGCGGCCGGCGGCACUUGCAAUUGCCUCUCCGGGCGCCCGUCGCUGGAUCUCGAUCUCAACCGGCGCCGGCUUAGCCGGUACGACCCCCUCAAGGCAAGGAGCCUUCGCCUUCGGGUUGAGGCUGUCAAUGACGGCGGCGACGAGGGGGCGGAUCGGACGGCGGAGGAGCUUUUUGGGGGACUGCUCGCUAUCGGAACCCUGGGAGUCGGGACGGAGCCUAUCGAGGAGAAGAGGGAGGAAGAGGAUAUGGAGGACUUGGCGGCGAGUGAGGAGGUCGAGGGCAAGGCGUUAGAGGCCGAGUCGGAGGAGGCGUUGGCCGCGGCGACCCCCGCGGCGCUGGAGGCCAUUGCGGAGAAGGAGGCGGAGGCGACGACGGAGACGGACUUGAUCAUGGUGAGCGCGGAGCUGGAGAAGGUGCUGGCGGCGGAGGAGGAGAAGAGCGGCGGCCGGAUGUCCUCGGCUCGCUCCAGCCACGCCGGCGCCGCGGCGUGCCCCCUCCAGGGGUUCCUCUUCGGCCUGCCCGUCGAGGCGGCGGAGACGGCGCUGAUGGCGGAGGAGGCGGCCGGCGGCUCGCGGAAGGAGAAACGGGCCUCGCUUGGCGAGCUGUUCCUGAUGAGCCGGAUCACAGAGGAGAGGGAGGGAACAACGGAGGGUGAAUCCAAGCUCGUCGGAGUAGACGGACAAAGAAAACUGACGGCUGAGAUGUGUUUGGCGAAGAAGAAGCACCGGGGAAGGAAAGGAUCGGACGGUGUACACGCAUCGAAUGGCUCAACCGUGGAAAAGAAGUUUCAAAAGAUCCUGCAGUUGUUUCACAAAAAGGUGCACCCUGAGAGCAGCACCGCCAUCAUUUCUAAGAAAUUUUCUAAAACUGGUAGAACUGAGAAAGAACACUACGUGCCUGGACAUGGAGGCAGCAGUGACAGCAAAGUCAUCACCACUUCAAAGGCAACAAGCAGGAAACAAAACACUUCCAUCUCUGUCUUCGCCGAUGCUCCAUCAUCGGCCUCCAGUGUUAGUGAUUCGAGCGGCAAGAGCAACGGGGAGCACUGGAUUAAGACAGAUGCAGAAUAUUUGGUGCUGGAGCUGUAGAAAUGGAGGAUAAUGAACUCCUUUUGUGUUCUUCCUGUCGAAUAAUAGCGAGUGUGAAGUACUUUGAUGGGAUUAGUAAAAAUACUAAACCAGUUGGCCUAUCUGAAACUUGUUUAUAUUGAAAUUUACUCAUUUUGUAUCAUCUUGAACUGUGGCUUGAAUAAACUACUGCUUGAUUUAUUUCA